AUGAUACUAGUAAAAAUUAGUACUCGUAAUUACUCUUCGGUUAAUUUAGUGGCGUCCACGGUUAAUCAUUUCCUUGGUACUGAUUAAGCGAUUCCAACCUCAACAACCUCAUCUCCUCGUUGAACUUCUUUAUAAAUGCCUCAACUCGUCGAUUCUACUCGUCCUGACUCAGCGACGGUUCCUUUCUCAGCUUCAAUACUGAAGCCGGGGACGAGCUCACUUGCAUCGGUGACAUCUGGAAAUUGGUCUGGUCCUUGGACGUUUCCGAUUUCUUCACCAUCGGCGACGGCUCAGCGAGCGAAUCCACGUUCACCUAAUUCUCCCAUGUGUCCUCGAACGUCUCUGAUUUCUUCAGGUGCCUCGAUAACUGCAUUUCCUUCUUCGCCGUAAUCAUUUUCCACGUGCUCUCCAUCGUCUCGUGCCGUUUCGGCUUCUCAACUCUCAGCGAUCGACCACCUAGUUAACAACAAAUAGAAUAUACAGAAAGAAUUAUUAACGAAAUUAACGUUUUGUCAUUCUUGAUUCUGAAAUUUAAACAUGCAGGGGAAGGAUAUUUAGGACUUUUGAGCAGUGCAUCAAGCAGACGCCAUUGUUGUAUGUUUUGAGCAAGAAAAUAAAGUUUCUUGU